GAUCCAGCUGAAUCGCUGAAUGACUUGAUUGGCAGAUCGAGGUCGACGAAGAACCGGUAAGCUCUGGUCUAUAGUUUGCUGGUCCUCAUCCAAACUCUCUCCUUCUCUCUCUCUCUCUCUCUCUCUCUCUCUCUUUCUCUCUCUCUAUGCGAUAAGAUGCAAGCUCGUCCCCUCCUCUCCCUACCCUCUUCCUCGUUUUCACUCUCUCGCUACCUCUUUAUUCAAAUUCCGUUACGCCCUCUAAAAACUUGCGAAGGCCAACCAUGCUCUUCUCCGACGCCAAAAUCUCUAUUUCCAUCUCUCAAAUGCAACAUUUCUAGGCGGCCCAUCUUCCCUGUCGCCGUUGACAACGAGAAUGCUGAAUUAGAGCCAUCCGAGUCUAAUGAUGGCAGCAUGAAUUUGCUCCGACGACCUGCAUCAUUGCCUCCUUCACCUGAAAACAUCAAAGUUUCUCAAGAUAAGGGGGAGGACGACAAGGGCGAGGGGGAGGAGGUAGGUGAGGGGGACGCCCUAGCCCCCUUCUUGAAGUUUUUCAAGCCAAGAGAUUCAUCCGACAGUAGCCAAGAAAUGGACGCUUCGGAGUCUACGGAAGACGUCAAGAGGACGACGAAGGCAGUAGACGUCGAGUACUACGAACCGAAAGUGGGGGACUUAGUUGUUGGUGUCGUUGUUUCGGGGAACGAGAACAAGCUCGACGUAAAUAUCGGAGCUGAUUCAUUGGGAACAAUGCUGAAGAAGGAAGUUCUUCCUCUCUAUGACGAAGAAUUGCCGAGCCUCUUAUGCGAUUUGAGCAAGGACGCAGAGGAUUUAAUGGUGUCCGGCAAGGUGGGUAUCAUUAAAGACGAUGAAGCAUUGGAUGAAGGCCCAGUUCCAGGAAGGAGCAUCGUUGAGUUGGGGACCGUUCUGUUCGCAGAGGUGCUCGGCCGGACACUGAGUGGAAGACCGUUGCUCUCAACGAGGAGACUCACGAGACGGAUAGCCUGGCAUCGAGUGAGGCAGAUAAAGAUAUUUAAUGAGCCUAUUGAGGUCAAAAUUACAGAAUGGAAUACUGGUGGUCUUCUUUCACGGAUUGAGGGAUUGAGAGCAUUCCUUCCUAAGGCAGAGCUGAUUAAUAGGGUCAAUUGCUUCACAGAUUUGAAAGAAAAUGUUGGUCGCCGACUUUUUGUAAAAAUAAGCAGAGUGGAUGAGGAUAAAAAUGACUUGAUAAUCAGUGAAAGAGAAGCCUGGGAUUUGUUGCAUCUUCGAGAGGGAACACUUCUAGAAGGAACUGUCCGUAAAAUUUUUCCUUAUGGUGCACAGAUUCGGAUAGGAGAGACUAACAGAAGUGGAUUGCUUCAUAUAACCAACAUUACUCGUGGACGGCUCACUGCUGUCAGUGAUUUACUUACGGUAGACGAGAAGGUGAAAGUUCUAGUAGUGAAAUCAAACUUUCCUGAUAAAAUAUCUCUGAGUACAGCAGAACUCGAGAGUGAACCAGGGUUGUUUCUUUUGAAUAAGGAGAAAGUUUUCUCCGAGGCAGAGCAGAUGGCUAGAAGGUACAGGCAGAGAUUACCAGCAAUUUCUAUACCCAGAAACUUGGACUCAGUUGGCCAGUGCACCCUGCCAUUUGAUGAUGAAGCAACACUUUAUGCAAAUUGGAACUGGUUCAGAUUUGAAAAGGGCAAUGAAAUGUAAUGCCUCAAGAAAUUUUGUAUUUUUUUUUUCGUUUAUUUGUGGCUCAUCUAGUGUAUAGCAUGCUUCUUCUUGCUCCCUUCGAUGUUUUGUCCAUUAUUAUGUUGCAACCUAUUUGAGAUAUAUAAUCCAUACGGUUUGAUCCA